AUGUUCGACUUAGUGAAAUGGUGUCUGGUCAUUUCAUAUUAUUACGGACGAUUCACCGGCGUGUUGAACUUUGAAAUCGAUUUCAAAACGGGUAGAGCGCGGGUCACCAAAAAAGCUACAAUAUGUUCAGCCUUUGCCCACCUAAUAAUGUUAAUUCUUAUGGGAGUUCAGAUGGCAAAUGUGCGUAUAAUGGCCAGGCUGUGGAACAAGGCAAACUCACUUCAUAGCAAUAUGUUUUGGGUUAUGUCCUGCGUUCGUAUGACUGGUGUUUUUCUGUCGCUGGUUAAUCGUUGGUCGCAACGUCGCACAUUCAUAAGCCUGUAUAACUCGAUCUACUCUCUUUACCAACACGACCCGAAGAUAAUCCAGUAUUGUCGUAGAAGCAUCGUCAGCAAGUGCUUCUGCGCCACAAUUUACGAGACUCUUCAGAUUAUCAUAGUUCUAGUUCUAACAUCAAAGCAACUAACUAUUUCCUUGGCAUUUAGCAUUUGGUUUAUAAUGAGCUUAACGUCUAUAAUCAAUGUGAUUAUCACCCAGUAUUUUACAGCCAUAGCAUUAAUUAGGGGACGCUACAGACUUUUGAAUAAGGAGCUCCGAUCGAUUUUGGGCGAGACUCAAUCAUUGAUGCCCAACAAAAGUGGAGUCUUUGUAACCAAAUGUUGCUAUUUGGCAGACGAGUUGGAAAACAUUUCCAGGGCCCAAUCAAGUUUACAAGCCCUUACUGAACGUUUAUCAAAAGCUUAUCGCCUUCAAGUCAUUUGCAUGUCUAUCACCUACUAUCUAAACUUGGUGGGGAACGUUUACUUACUGUUCAGUAUCAACAAAUACACCUCGAUAACAGAGAAUUGGCCAAACAUAGUUAAAGUUAUUGGCCUGGUUUUCUUAGUAUUCUACUACCUCGAUUGCUGGCUUAACUCGUUAAAUGUGUUUUACCUAAUUGACGCCCACGGUAACAUGGCCAAAUUGCUAAGUUAUCGGACUCAUUUUCAGCCAGGUUUGGAUGAAAGAUUGGAGACUGUUUUCGAGAACUUCAACCUGAACCUGGCCCGAAACCCAUUUAAGCUCAGUUUCUAUGGCUUAUUCGAAAUCAAUCGUUCAUCUUCAUUCGCUGUGGGCAACUCAAUAUUAACACACUCAAUUGUUUUGAUUCAAUAUGAUUUACAACAUUUUUAA